AUGACUGAUUUUGUCUCUCGCGUGAAGAGGUUAAGAAACCGAAUCAAAGUCAAACGCGAUGAAGUACACCGUCACUUGGAGAAUUCCUUCUACCGUGAGUGUCGUAGUGUUCUGAACGCCGUGAUGAAGCAAGAUGAAAACGGAAUAUUUGCCUCUAAUCCUGCCGCGCUACCGGAGUACGUGCUGAUGAUUUCGCGUCCAAUUUGGUGGAAGCUGAUAUCCCGCCGCCUUGACAGGUACGAGUACGGCACCAAGAUGGAGUUUUUGCAUGACAUGAGGCUUGUUAUAGACAACUGCUACGCGUACAAUGGUGAAGUUUCUCCAGUGGCAGCGUUGGGACGGCGCCUGGAGGUGGUGAUGGAGGAUCUCUUUGUGACGAAGCUUGCCGUCGCGCCCCCAGAUGCAAGAGAGAUCAUUACACUUGGCAAGGGUGUAAAUCAUGCGCAGGCCCGGCAGCUGUGGGAUAUUGUGUGCCGCUACGAGGGCCAGGGGCAGGGAACUUCCGCUGCGAGGCGGCACAUAGUUCCUUCUCAGCUGAAGUGUGCAACACAGCGGCGGGUGAUUGCGUUCCUUCGCCAAAAAAUGGGGCCACACGAACAGAAUGUUCGGUCGGGGAAAGGUUCCUCCUUACGCCAACAACAGCAACAGCAACCGCUUUCUUCUCUUCCUCUGCCUGCGAAACCUCAGACGCCAAAGCAUCCGGCGCAAAGCCUACUGAAGGAGGACACGGACGUCGCGUUUAGUACGGAGAAGAUGACGCCAAACCAUCUUCAGGAGCCACAGCUUGAGCGUGUGCCACAGAACAAACGGUCGGGUUUUGCCUCUUUUUGUCCAGUGAGUCCUAUUCAUCUUGAAAGCUCAGAUAUUGAGGAGGAAGAAGAGAUUUGA